AUGUCGUCUCCCACGCAAGCUGCUUCUCCAACUGCCGCAUCGCCUGAUCAACUCGCCGACGCUCCACCCAAAGUUGAAGCUGCCGAGAAACUGCCAAAGGAGUCAGUUUUCCCAAUUCCGAUGUCGUCGGAGAAUGCUGAGCUGCCUAUCGAUCCACCUGUGAAAACCGAACAAACCGAUUUCGUAGUGAAGACAGAGGAACAGGCUGAGCAGAAAUCCUCUGUGUUAGAUUCUGCCGAGGUAGAGUCUGCUGAGAAGAUUUCUGAGAAAGUUGUCGGAGAAACCGUGAAAGACGAGUCGGCUGAUGUGGGAUUGGAAAAAGAGACGGUGAGCGAGGAUGCUGUGGUGGCGACGGAUCCAGUCAAGAUCGAAGAGUCUCAACAGGAUGAACAAUCCGCUCAGCCGACUAGAGAACCAUCUAUUGGAACGGAACCGAAGGAGGCUGCUGUCACGGAAGAGCCGAUGGAUGUUGACAAAUCGGCUAGCGAUGAGCCUGAGGCGGCGCCGAAGCUGGAGCCGGAAGUUGAAGUUGUUGACCACGCGCUGGAAUUGCUGAAGAAGGAAGUGAGCGUAAGUGCAACUUUUGUUUUUGUUUUCAAACUAAUCAAGUAAGUUUUACAGGCAGCCAUCAAUGUCUUCCAAAAGUACUACGAGGACUUGGAUCUCGCCAACAAAGUCUCUCAGGCGCAUCUUUCCAGCUACACGAGAUCGGUGAUUCUCUCCAAGAUGAACGCGAACACUGUUCAUAUCGACGGCUAUCACGCCCGCAUUGAAAUGGCCAAAACGAAAGAAGACUUUGAGGUAAAUAUCGUUGAACUGAGUGAGAGCCCACGAAAACCUUUUGUUUUCAGAAACUUCUGGCGGAGAUACAACUGAAGAAUCAUCGCGCGCGCCAGUCCCGUGAGAUCAACAAAUUGCUCGGAGAACCGCUUCCAUAA